AUGGGUCGAUUGCGAAGGUACCUGACUUUUCAAACAUACGUAUUUAUGAAAUCGGUCGAUUACGAGCUGUUUCAUUCAUCCCUUUCGCCAUUGAUAGUUAUUCCAAAGGGAAGGACUUCUGACCAGAUUGUUAAAAAUCUUGCCGAAGUUAUUGACGAUGAGCCUGUGAGUGAUGUGUUUUCAGUCAUAUUCAUUAUUCGGAGGACGCUUGAGCUGGGCACAAAUAGAGGAGACAUAUAUGACGAGGCUAAAGAUAGUAAACUGCAGAAGCGAUAUGCUUGA